UUCAUUUCUGCAGAAAUGAAACCUAACCGCCCCCCCACCCCCCCACCCAGAGUGUAUAAAACCCAGUUCAAGACUCAUCAGGACGGGUACGCUAUACAGCAAGACAUGGGACUAUUAACGUUCGUUGCUCUAGGAGGAGGAGCAGUAGCUGGUGUUGUCGGGGCUCCUUUUGUUCUGGGAGCCAUAGGUUUCACCUCAGCUGGAAUAGCAGCAGGCUCCUAUGCUGCCAGCAUGAUGUCGGCUGCUGCGGUCGCUAACGGAGGAGGAGUGGCAGCAGGAAGUCUGGUGGCUAUUUGUCAGGCAGCAGCUGCAACUGGUCUGUCAGGAGCUGCCACUGCAGCUGCGGCUGGCGCUGGAGCAGCUGGUGUUGGAGGAACAGUGCUAGGCCUCGCUGCACUCAUCUGAAUACCAUGAAGGACCAAGAUGCUUUCACGAUCUUUUUUUUUACUUUUGCCAGAUGAAGGAAGCAAUUGCAAAUUACAUCAGUUAAUUUAAUUUACUAAACAGCACUUUUUGUGAUUUCAGACAAUGUUUUGUGCAAUAAAUCUGUGUAACCUGUGAAAGAUA